GGGCAGAGGGGUUUCUUUAACAGGGUUCAUAGUAAACUCAGGUUCUGUUCUAUGCAGAAAGAAAUUGAAGACCUCCGAGCAAGACUGGCCAUAUUAGAAGCAAAAGAUCAACAGCUAAGAAGAGAAAUUGAAGAACAAGAUAGGCUUAUUCAGUCACAGGACUGUGAACUGACUGCUUUACUUGGCUGCGUUUCUUUGAGAGAACUACAGGAAAUAAGCAAGGCUGUGGAUGACAUUUUAGCAUCCUCCUAUCGAAUUCCAUUCAGUCUGGAUCUUCCAGGGACAAUAAAGAGUCCUGAUUCAUUGCUGAAGGAACUUCCAGUUAAAAAGAUACGAAAGAGAGAGAGGAAAAGUCAGAAACCUGAACCCCAGUCAGCUGUGUCUCCUGAUUGUGAAACAGAGUACAGUAUUGAGAUGGUUUGUACGAGUCAGAAGCUCUGCAGUACUUUGAGGAGGAAAGUGAGUGAUAUUGAGACUCAACUACCAGCUCUACUUGAAGCAAAAAUGCUGGCUGUUUCAGGAUGUAAUUUUGGUACUGCAAAGGAUCUGACGGAAGAAAUAAGAUCAUUAACAUCUGAGAAGGAGGGGCUGGAAGGACUUCUUAAUGAAUUGUUGGUUCUGAGUGCCAGAAAUGUCCGAAAAUUAGAGAGAAUUAAAGAUGAUUACACCAGACUGAAACAAGAACUUGAACAAGGAGAGGCUACCUUUGUCCGUGAUACUGAAGAGUGGUGUGGUGGAAAUAUCAAUACCAUUAUAAGUGAAGGAUGGCGACUUCAGAAGGUAGAUGACCAGUUGCCGUCAGUGACCAGUGUAAAAGAAAAUGCUGAAAAGUACAUGGAGAUGCUGGAGGAUAAACUACAUAG